AUGGGCAGCGAUGGCGCCAGUGUUAUGACAGGGAAGCUGUCUGGGGUUGUCAAGAGAAUGGCCGACAGGGUUCAGCAACUCAUCUUCGCAGUCCACUGCUCAGCUCACCAGCUCGAGUUAGCCUUCAAGGAUGAAUGCCUUUGUUUUGUUUACAGCUUUUUACUAUAUGUAACUGAUCAGUGUAAUUCAAUCCGAGGACUGAAUACGACACUGACAAGCAGUUUGCGUGAAGUCAUUACACCAGAGCGCAGACAGCACAGGAACAGUCCUCUUAACCGCCACAACUUGAAGGAAGCUUUCAAAGUGUUUGGUCGCAAGCCAGUAAUGCCAACUCGAGUCGCUGGAACAAGAUGGCUGCCGCACACUGUCCGGGCUCUAAAGAAACUUUUUCAAUCAUUUGGACCAAUGGUGACACUCCUCAAACAAAUAUUUGUUUGUUGCAGAAGGGGUCGAUCUGGACUGAGAACUCUGAGUGAAAUAAAGAAAAAGUAUCAAAAUAUCAAAGAGAAAGCCAAGGCAAAGAGAAGCUUAUCCAUGAGACCCCCAACAGGUGGUGGACCAAGAGCCAAUUACCCAUCUGUACCCGAGCAACUAGUGCUGGAUAAUUUGGAGGGGAGACCAAGUUUGUGUGGGGUGGAUGGUGGGAUUGACACUGACGAGGAACUAGAGGAAAUUAAGGAUUCUAGACAACUGAUUAAAGAACAAAUACGAGUAGCUAAACUGCAGCAAAAUUUGACAAUAUUACAAAUACGAAAUAUUGACCCAACAUUCAGCUUCACAGAGUAA